AUGGCGCCUCGAGAUGGCCCUCGAACACUCGUCCCUAUCACUAUUACAUCGACCAAUGUCGACCAGGAGUGGAAAAUCUGGUGGCCCCUCAACAUCUCCCUCCAAGCCAUUAUCAACACCAUCGAAGAUCUUACCCACCACCAUGCACCAGACCACAGACUCGACUGGAACGGUCGUGAUUUGUUUUCCGAUCUUUCGAAACAGGCGAGAGAUAUCGGAAUCCAACGCCCCACAACCCUCACCCUCCACACUCGCCCCACCAACCUCCUCCACAGCGACGGAAAAAUCUACGACAUCCUCGUCUCCUUCAGCCAAGAUGCACGGGAAUUCGCCUAUCGUAUCCCGAGUUCGGCUUUUCUUGUCAAGGAUCUGGUGAAGCCGGGAGGGUUGAUUGAGAGGAGUUGGGACAACGAGAAUGGGAAUAGGAAUGAGAGGAAGGGGAAUGGUACGAUGCUGCGAGGUGGAGGAAAUGGAGGGGGAGGCUUACGGUUGACGUUUGGUGAAAAGGAGAUUUGGAAUUCGAGGUGGGAGAGAGGGGUGCAGGUGAGGGCUUUGGGCAGGAGGGCCAUUGAUUUCAACAUAGGAUCAGACCGAAAGAUGCGAAUCGAAGGAUUGAGAAUGUGGACAUUAUCAUGA